CGUGCUGCACCAAAUCACCGACAACAACCACCUUACAAGUUAGAAUACUGCUAGCAAAAUUGAUUCGGUUCUUUCCAGCGGAGCUGUGGCAGUAACAUUUGUUCGGCCGAACGCCCCCGAAUACUCCGAGCCCAGGGGAGUCAUCGAUCAAGUUGACCCAAUUGUUUUGCGGGUUGCAAAACCCCUUUUAUUCACUUAUAUGUAACAGUACUGCUGCCUAGGCAAUUAUAGUCGCACAUCGACUUCAUGUCGGCCGAGUUACGGGUAAUACGGCUUCUCUGUUGAAUAUAUAAAGGUAUGCUCUCGGUAGGUCUUGGCUUCUUCUGAUGACCCUAUGAAUUAUAGUAGAGCGCUUGAUGUCUUUGAUCGCGCACGACUGCUCUACUUGAACAACAUAACAUCGCCACUCAGAACAAAUCAUGUCGAGCCCCAGGAUCCUCAUCUCUGGCUCAGGCAUAGCCGGCAGCAGCUUUGCCUAUUGGAUGCUACGCGCAUUCCCGACCGCGGCCAUCACAAUGGUCGAGCGCUGCCCAACUUUCCGCCUGACCGGCUCUAGUGUCGACCUUCGCAGUUCGGCAAUCGAUAUUUGUAAACGCAUGAACAUGCUUGACACGGUUAAGGCCCACACAACUACUGAACGGGGUAUACGGUUCGUGAACUCCGACGGCAGCACCGUGGCUACGCUCGGUGCAUCGGGUCGCUCCGAUGUUCAGGGUAUCACGUCCGAGUAUGAGAUCUUUCGCAGCGAUCUGGCGAGGAUCAUUCUCGAGCCAUCCCGGGACAAGAUCAACAUACUGUUCGACGACUAUGUCGACAAGUAUGAGACCGAGAAGGACGGGGUCAAGGUCACGUUUGCUAAGAGCAAAAGAGUCGACAAAUACGAUCUUCUCGUUGCUGCAGACGGUGUGGGCUCCCGGAUUAGGGGACAGAUGCUCAAUUCUAAUCCACGUGAACAAGUCCACGACGAAGGAGUGCACGUUGCCUACUUUACUCAAAAAUCGGACUUGCUCAACGGUUCAAAAUUUGCAGAAGGAUACAGCGCCCCGGGCGGUCGUGUAAUCAUGGUCCGGCCGGAUCCACACCCAGAAGGGCGAAGCAAGGUUAUUAUCAUGAACGUCACGACAAAGAAUGACCUCGCCGCCAAAAAGCGAUUGAACGAUGCUGUGGAUGCAGGGAAUGAGGCAUACAUGGCACUCCUCGAAGAAACUUUCGCCGAUGUGGGCCACAGAUCCGCAGAGGUGCUCAAAGGAAUGCGCGAGAGCGACGAUUUCUACUGCUCGCUGUUUGCUCAAGUCCGAUCCCCGAAAUUGGUCGACCAGUCCGGGCGGGUCGUCCUGCUCGGCGAUGCCGGGUAUGCGACGCCCGGCAUAGGAACUAGUCUUGCGAUGAUAGGUGCCUAUGUCCUUGCUGGAGAGUUGCUGUCUUCGACAAGUGGCACGUCAAUCAAGAUUCCCGCCGCAACCAGCAAAUAUCAAGACUUGAUGGUGCCAUUUGUCAAGAGCCAUCAAGGUGACGAUAAUGCAAUGCAAAUACUGAAUCCUCAGACGAGCUGGGGGAUCAUGUUAAGAGACGUAGCUUUGAGGGUCGUGACAGGACUCUGGCUAGAUCGCCUGGCUAUGAUUGCUGCUGCCAAGUUGGGCUUUACGGACAAGAUGCUUGAUAUGCCAGAGUAUGCAUGGCCGAAAUGGGACUGAUUCCCCCCUUAUUUCAACGUCCUUUACAUUGGCUCCUGGAAAGAAGAUCCUUAAUUAUAUCUAUGGAUUUCUUGCACAACUUCUUUCCCCUCAACCUUGCUUGGAUCGCCGACAAAGGCCAAACCUCAUUUCAAGAAAUAUCCUGAUUAGGUAGACAGCUUCUGGCUUUGCUCUCAUAUACCCAAAAGUCAUGUAACGAACAAGUUAACGAUGACAUAAUAAAAAAUACACCACAAGACACGCGAAGCGCCCA